AUGCCUCCGAAAGCGCAGCCUUCUCAAUUCGAGCACCCGGCUUCCUCUCAUGCCAAGAAGAAGCGCAAGGGCCCUCACCCCAUUGAGCCCAUCACGGCUUUCUACAUUUUCCUGGCCGCUGGUAUCGUCGCCGCCCUGUUUGCGCCAAUCCAGGACUGCGAUGAGACGUUCAACUACUGGGAGCCCGCGCACUACCUGUCCCACGGAUACGGCCUUCAGACGUGGGAGUACUCGCCUGAGUUUGCCAUCCGGAGCUGGCUGUACAUAGCCCUCCAUGCCGUCGUCGGCAACGCGCGCCGGCUGCUCCCGCAGUCCAGCAAGGUCGCCGAGUUCUACUUUGUCCGAUAUGGCCUCGCCUUUGUCUGCGCGCUGUGCCAGACAGUCCUGUUCAAAGUCAUCAGUCUCACCCUCAAUGGCAGGAUAGCCAUUUUCUUUCUCAUCGCCACUGUCACGAGCCCCGGCAACUUCCACGCCAGCGCGGCCUUUUUGCCAUCGAGCUUUGCCAUGUACAUGUGCAUGCUCGGCGCGGCAGCGUUCAUGAACUGGCGCGGCGGGCUCAAGACUUCGCAGGGUAUCUUCUGGUUUGCCAUGGGCGGCAUCCUUGGGUGGCCAUUUGCGGCGGCGCUUUGUGCGCCUUACAUCCUUGAGGAGGUUGUCUUCACCUUUUUUAGCGACAAGGAGGCGUUCAUCGAGUCCCUGAUUCGACUGAUGCGCGGCGUCAUUUCCGGCGUUAUCAUAUUGUUUUUCGACUCCUUAAUCAACCUGUUCUUCUACAAGAAGAUUGCCGUCGUUUCCUGGAAUAUUGUAAAGUACAAUAUCUUCUCGUCGACGGGCGGCCCCGAUCUCUACGGCACGGAGCCGUGGACGUUUUACUUCAAGAAUCUUGCCCUCAACUUCAACAUCUGGUUCGUGCUGGCCCUGUUGGCCUUGCCGUUGUUCCUGCUACAGAAGCUCAUCGCCCCGUCCGGCCACGGCUUCCAAAGUGGUCUGCGCACCGUGGUGUUUGUCGCGCCCUUCUACAUGUGGCUCGCCAUCUUCACCGCACAGCCGCACAAGGAAGAGAGGUUCAUGUACCCGGCGUAUCCAUUCCUCGCCCUCAAUGCGUCAAUGUCGCUGCACAUACUGCUCACUGCCAUUGGUAGCACAGACCCGGGCACCCUCAUGGGCAAGAUCCCCGCUCGCCUCAAGCUCUUGGCCGUGAGCCUCGUUGUUUUCCUCUCCGUGGACAUCAGCCUCUCGAGAAUUUAUGGCAUAUACUCGGCAUACCACGCGCCGUUGAGCAUCUACAAACCCCUGUGGGGCGACGGCAGCGGGAAGGCCGGCGUCGGCGGACAGGAUGACCUGGUCUGCUUUGGCAAGGAGUGGUACCGCUUCCCCUCGUCGUACUUUCUGCCGCGCGACAUGCACGCCAAGUUUGUGCGAUCCGAGUUCCGCGGUCUGUUGCCUGGCGAGUUCUCCGAGGCAAAGACGGGCUUCGGCUUCUGGAGCGGGACGUGGCUGCCGACGAGCGGCCUAAACGACCGCAAUGAGGAGGACUUGGGCAAGUACGUCGAGUUGCGGGCGUGCUCGUUCCUCGCGGACACGCAGUACCCGGAGCGCAAGGAUCCGCUUCCACCAAACGAGCCCGACUACAUCGCGGACACAGAGAACUGGGAAGUCGUCCGAUGCGAGCCCUUCCUUGACGCGGCAAACACGCAUCUCUUGGCCAGGACGAUCUGGAUACCCGACGUGUCAGGAGUACCCGACAAGUUUCGAAGAAAAUGGGGUCGUCAUUGCCUGCUUCAACGGAGGAGCAAGUGA